GAAUCUGUCCGUCCUGUCACCUGGGCAUGGCACAUCCAUGGGUAUUAGUGACCCCUUGAUUAGGAGCCUCCAUUUCAGCAUCAUUGGAUGUGCAAGGCUCAGUGUUUUCCAGAGUGGUAGAAGGCUGUGUAAAGGAAAAACAGUUCAGCCUUGUAGCCACAGGUCAGGGGACUGACGGAGGGAGCUGGAGUAUAGAGAAGGACCCACAGCUCCUGCUUACCAAGAUAGUGUAGGCCUACUCUGACAAGGAAGGAAAGGGAUACACUCUCAGUGCAGAGUCUGGGCAUGGGGAAUAGGAGCUGCCUCGCUCUUUGUAGAACCUUUUGUCCAGAUGUUCUCUGAGUGGAAAGGACUUGAAGGAGACUAUCUGUCCUGCCCUCAACUCAGCAGGCAAAGAAGUAUGCGAUGGAGCAGAGUAUCAAGAGUGUGCUGGUGAAGCAAACCAUCGCCCACCAGCAACAGCAACUGACUAACCUGCAGAUGGCAGCAGUGACAAUGGGCUUUGGAGAUCCUCUCUCACCUUUACAAUCGAUGGCAGCUCAGAGGCAGCGGGCACUGGCCAUCAUGUGUCGUGUGUACGUGGGCUCCAUAUACUAUGAACUGGGAGAGGACACCAUCCGCCAGGCCUUUGCCCCAUUUGGACCUAUCAAAAGCAUUGACAUGUCCUGGGACUCUGUUACAAUGAAACACAAGGGCUUUGCAUUUGUGGAAUAUGAGGUGCCUGAAGCUGCUCAGUUGGCCUUGGAGCAGAUGAACUCAGUCAUGCUGGGUGGGAGAAACAUAAAGGUCGGCAGGCCUAGUAAUAUUGGACAGGCACAACCAAUCAUAGACCAGCUCGCAGAGGAGGCCCGGGCUUUCAACCGCAUCUACGUGGCGUCUGUUCAUCAGGACCUUUCCGAUGACGACAUUAAGAGUGUGUUUGAGGCCUUUGGGAAGAUUAAGUCCUGCACGCUAGCCAGGGACCCCACAACAGGGAAACACAAAGGCUAUGGCUUCAUUGAGUAUGAGAAGGCACAGUCAUCACAAGAUGCUGUCUCAUCUAUGAACCUCUUUGACCUGGGUGGCCAAUAUCUCCGGGUUGGCAAAGCUGUCACUCCCCCAAUGCCUCUCCUAACACCUGCAACACCUGGAGGAUUACCCCCUGCAGCAGCUGUAGCUGCAGCAGCUGCCACAGCAAAGAUAACAGCUCAGGAAGCAGUGGCAGGAGCUGCAGUCCUUGGCACUUUAGCAACACCUGGGCUGGUGUCUCCAGCGCUGACACUGGCUCAGCCUCUAGGGGCGUUGCCGCAGGCCGUAAUGGCAGCACAGGCACCAGGAGUCAUUACGGGUGUGACCCCCGCUCGACCACCCAUUCCCGUCACUAUUCCACAGGUGGGAGUAGUGAAUCCUAUCCUAGCAAGUCCCCCAACAUUGGCUCUGUUGGAGGUUAAGAAGGAGAAGGAGGAGGAGGAAAUCUUCCAGGAGUCAGAGAGGCCUGAAAUGCUGAGUGAACAGGAGCAUAUGAGCAUAUCCGGCAGCAGUGCCCGUCACAUGGUGAUGCAGAAACUGCUUCGCAAACAGGAGUCAACUGUGAUGGUGCUGCGCAACAUGGUGGAUCCAAAGGACAUUGAUGACGAUCUGGAGGGAGAAGUGACUGAAGAGUGCGGCAAGUUUGGGGCAGUGAACAGGGUCAUCAUCUACCAAGAGAAGCAGGGCGAGGAGGAGGACGCUGAGAUCAUCGUCAAGAUCUUUGUAGAGUUCUCUAUGGCCUCGGAGACUCACAAAGCCAUUCAGGCCCUGAACGGGCGCUGGUUUGCUGGCAGGAAGGUGGUGGCAGAGGUGUAUGACCAGGAGAGAUUUGAUAACAGUGACCUGUCAGCAUAAACUCUGCCUGAGAGAGACUUCUCCCCUGCCCCCUGUGUCCCUUCUGUUUUUUUAGCCAUGUGUAAGGAAUGCUGCUGGGUGAGCGCAGCUCUCUACUGUGAUGUACAUGUAGUUUGGAUAAAAGUGCGAAGAAAAGCCAGCGUGCAUGAGUGUGUGUUAAGAAGGCCAGCACCAGCUUGGUUGGGUCUGGAGUGGGCCCAGUCUCCUCAGCCGACAGCUUGUCAGGCCUUAGAGAGUAAGGGCCAGAGGUCAGAAAUGCCUGAGUCCGAAUCCCAUUUCACCGUCGGGGGCCAGGAGCUGCAGUUUUCUUUAGAGGUGGGCAACUGCUUGUUUGAAUGGAGCAGGCACCAUCUUUUUAAUAAGCGUUUGCAUAGUACGUUGAUCCCUGGUUGGAGCCCUCAGGCACUAUUGCAGCGCUACCAGGAAUGGGCAGUGGCUUGGGUAAGGCCAGGAGCUCCUUCCAGAGCAGGCUGAGCAGCUGCAGGCUGAGCUCAAGCUCCAAGCCCUUGAUGUGGGGUAAGUGCCACCACGUCAACUGCUUGCAGUCUGCAGAUGCUCAGGUCAUCGCCUCCACCUCCGCGAGUAACGCUCAGGCACAAUGAGAUCCAGGGCUGCAGCUGUCCAUGUGAACAAUGGCGGUGGCGCCUUUCCCACCUGGGAACUUGCUUGCAUUUUACGCAGGCCUCGUGAGUUCAGGUUAAUGGAAAUAUCAAGCUUGUGAAGCCAGGCUAGAGCCCAGAAGCAAGUCAGUUGGGAUUCAAAUGUACAGUCCUGUUGUGAUGCGGUGUGGUUCAGGGCAGGCUGAUCUGUAGGCUGCUCUAAUACUGUGGUGAUGGAGAUCAUACAGCUGCAUCGUGACGCAUGCUGCUCCCAAAGUUUGAAUUUGUUUAGCUUCUACGUCCGACCAUUAGAUUUGUUCUUCCUCCAACUGCUGGAUUCAGGAACCCAAAAAAGUAUUUCAGAUGGUUCUCUUGGGACUAUCAAAGGAAAGCAGGAACAAAGAAUGUCAGCCCUACUUACAGGCUGGGGGACUUUAACCUGGGAAGCAGGAACUCUGAAAAGGACCCGGGGGUGAUGGUGGAUAAUCAGCUGAACAUGAGCUCCCAAUGGGAUACUGUGGCCAAACGGGCCAAUGUGAUCCUUCACUCCAUAAAGGGAAUCAGAGUGAGACAAGGUGGGUGAUUUGAUUAGGGUUAGUAGAUUACUAAUGGUUGUAAUGAGCCAUAAAACCAGCGUCUGACCCAUGAUUUUUAGUGUCUAGGAGAACUAUGAAUUUAAGUUCCCAGGUUCCUAUUUUGAAGGUGGUGUGCAGGUUUCCUCUGAGGAUGGGGACUGAUUGGUCAGAUAUCACAUUUGCACUGGAUGAGGUACAUCACAUGUUGUGAUAGGCUGUGUAGGACCCGUGGAUUCUGGAAGGUGUGUUGUGGGGAGUAUUGAUCAUCAUAGCAGUGGAGAUAUAUCUGCAGUUUUUACAUCUGUUCUGGCAGGGUCUGGUGCCACUUAAAAUUGGUGUGCCCUGUCUAUGGGAAGCUUGCUUCUGAUGGUGAAUUUGGCGAGGUUGCAGACAUAUCUCCACUGCCACAGUGAUCAAAAACCCAACACACUGUUCAAGAUCCAUGGAUCCUACACAUCCUUACCACAAUGUGGUGUGCCUCAUCUAGUGCAUCAGAUGCCCCAAAACCAACUAUGGGGCUAAAAUCAGAUAAUCACAAAAGUCUUGAUGAACUCGCACAGAAAAGUAAGACACAAACACCCCGUCACCCGUGGGUGAACACCUUUCACAGAGGGAUCACUUUAUAUCCUGACUUACCAGUCCUCAUCCUCAAAGGUAACCCAUGCAACACCUUCAAAAGAUGACCCUGGGAACUUAAAUUCAUAACUCUGCUAGACAAUAAAAAUCAUGUGCUCAACAGAGACACUGGUUUAUGGCCCAUUGCAACAAUUUGUAAUCUACUAACCCUCCUUCUGUACAAUGACUUCAGAGCUGUUAAUUGCGCACUUCAUUUCAAUUGGUUUGCUUAACAAUCUGUCCCACCUUCCAUGUAGCUGUGACACUCUGGUAACUUGCUCCAGAUACGAAGAGGAGCUCUGUGUAGCUUGAAAGCUUGUCACUUCCACCAAAUGAAGUUGUGAGACCAUAUCCAACAACACUGCAAUAAACAGGAAGCAGGAGCAGAAAGGUUAUUUAACCUCUGUACUCGCACUGGUGUGAGAACUGUCCAGUUCUGGUGUCCACAGUUCAGGAAAGAUGUUGAUAAAUUAGAGAGGGUUCAUAGAAGAGCCAAAAGAAUGAUUUAAAGGAUUAGUAAAGAAACACGCCUUGUAGUGGUAGGCUCUGGCAGCUCAAUCUAUCUAGCUUAACAAGGAAACAGUUAAGGAUUGAGUUGAUCACAAUCUGUAAGGACCUACAUGAAGAACAAAUAUUUGAUAAUUGGCUCUUCUGUCUAGCAGACAAAGCUAUAAUGAGAUCCAAUGGCUGGAAGUUGAGACUAAACAAAUUCAGAUUAGAAAUAAGGUCCAACACUAAGUGUAAUUAACCAUUGGAACAACUCACAAAGUAUUGUAGUGGAUUCUCCAUCACUGAUGAUUUUUAAAUCAAGUUUGGAUGUUUUUCCAGGAGCGAUGUUCUGGCGUUAUUUCAGGGGAGUCUUGUGUUGUACAGGAGGUGAGACAAUCACAGUGGUCCCUUCUGACUCAUGAUCUAUGUGACAGAGAUUUGUGGAGUGAGAAAUAAUGAUGCAGACAGAGGAGUGGCACAGAACAAUCUCGAUCAUGGGGUAAGCUGAGCCUGUUCAAACAAAAUGUGGUUAAAUACAACCAAAUGCAAAGUUACACAUCUAGGACCAAAGAAUGCAGGCCAUGCCUACGGAGUGGGGCCUGUAUCAUGACAGGCAACAGCUGAAAAGCAUUAUGGGGUAAUAGUGGACAAGCAGCUGAACAUGAGCUCCCAGUGCGAUGCUAUGGAUCCUUGGAUGGAUACACCAAGUAGGGAGCUGAUAGUAAGAAGAAGGAAGAGUCACAAAAAUAAUUUGAGGACUGAAGAAAAUGCUGUACAGUGAGAACCUUAAAGAGAUCAACCCGUUUAACGUAUUACAGAGAAGAUUGACAGAUGGUUUGACAAUAGUGGGUAUUAAAGGGCUUUUUAACCUAGCGGAGACAGGCAUAACAAGAACUGAUGGCUGGAAGGUAGAGCUGGACAAAUUCCAAUUAAAAUAAGGCACACAUUUUUAACAAUGAAGGUGAUUGUUUCUAUGGUUAAACUACCAGGGAAAGUGAUGGAUUCUCCACAUCUUGUCUUCAGAUCAGACCCGAUUCCUUUCCGGAAGAGACGCUUAUUCAGAAGUUAUUGGGCUUAAUAGAGGGGUAAUUAUAUGAAAUUAUCUGGCCUGUAUUAUACAGGAUGUCAGACUUGAUUAAAUGAUCCCCUCUGGCCUUCAAAAUCCAUGAAUAAAGCUAUGACUAUAAAUAAUGGGAGCAGGUUUGACUAAGUGAUCUGGAUCAUACAGCAAGCUGGGCUCACUUGAAUAUCAUUUGCUUUAGUACAGCUAAAUGGAAGAUCAUCCAUCUAGUAACUAAGAAUGUAGGUCAUGCCUAUAAGAUGGGGGACUGGAAAGUAGAGACUCUGGUUUAGAGUUGGGGUUAGUGGUAGGAACUGAACGUGUACUUAGUGUAAUGCUUUGACUAAGAGAGCUGAUGCAAUUCUUGGAAGGUGUUAUUACCUCUGUAUCCAUUGUUUGUGAGACUGUUACUGGAAUACUGGGUCUCCACACUUCUAAAAGGAUAUUGAAAAAUGGGAAAGGAUUCAGAAAAGAGCCACAGGCAUGCUUUGCGGUCUUGAAAACCUGCCUUUAUAGUGCGAGAGAGUAAAGAAGCUCUAUCCGUUUGUUUAUCACCUUUACUUUCUGUAUUUUUGACAGUCUAAAAGUCCCUACAGAGCAUUAGAUUUCUGAUAGUGCUAUGGCUCUGAUCUAGCAAGGGCAGAAUGAAAUGCAGUGCCUGGAAGUUGAAGCUAGACAAAUUCGGGCUGGAAAUAAGGCUCAGAUUUUUAACAGUGAAGGUCAUUAACCACUGAAACAAUUGGCCUAGGGAUGUGGUGGAUUCUCAGCUGAAGACUUUAAAUCAAGAUUGGAUCUUUUAAAAAGACCAAUCAGAAGUUACAGGCAUGAUGUAGAAACCACUUGAUUAAAAUCUCUGGACUCUGAUGAUCAUAGAGCUGAAAGACCUUUUAAAAAAAAACAAACUGGAAGGGACCUUGAAAGGUCAUUGAGUUGAGUCUAGCCCCCUGCCUUCACUAGGAGGACCAAGUGUUGAUUUUUGCCCCAGAUCCCUAAGUGGCCCCCCCAAGGAUUGAACUCACAACCCUGGGUUUAGCAGGCCAAUGCUCAAACCACUGAGCUAUUCCUCCCCCUCAUCCCUUGAGAGGUCAUCAAGUCCAGCUGCUUAUGCUGAGGCAGGAUCAACUAAACCUAGAUCAUCCCUGACUGGUGUUUGUCCAACCUAUUCUUAAAAACCCUCCAGUGAUGGGGUUUCCACAGCCUCCUUUGGAAGUCUAGUCCAGAGCUUAACCACCCUUGGAAAGUUUUUUCCUAAUAUCUAACGGAGAUCUCCCUUGCUGCAAAUUAAGCCCAUUGCUUCUUGCCCUACCUUCGGUGGGCAUGGAGUACAAUUGAUCACAGCCUUGUUUGUACCAGCACCUGACAUAGUUGGAGACUGUUUUCAAGCCCCCCUCCCCUGCCCCCUCGCUACCCAGUCUUUUCUCAAGCCCAGUUUUUUGAACCUUUCCUUAUAGGUCAGGUUUUCUAAAUCUUUUAUCAUUUUUGUUGCUCUCCUCUGACUGAUCUCUCUGCAAUUUAUUCACAUCUUUCUUAAAAUGCAGUGCCCAGAACUGAACACAGUGCUCCUGCUGAGGCCUCGCCAGGGCUGAGUAGAGCAGGACAGUUGCCUCCCACGUCUUACAUAUGAUGCUGCUGUCAGUACACCCCCGUAUAUUAGCCUUGUUUGCAACUGCAUCACUUUAUUGACUCAGAUUAAAUUUCUGAUCCACUGUAACCCCCAGAUCCUUUUCAUCAGUACUAUCAUCUAGCCAAUUACUCCCCAUUUGUAGUCAUGCAUUUGGUUUUUCCUCCCUAAGUGUAGUACUUCACGCUUGUCUUUUUUGAAUGUCAACUUGUUGAUUUCAGAACUGUUCUCUAAUUUUUCUAGGUCUUUUUGAAUUCUAAUCCUGUCCUCCUGCUUGCAUCCCCUCCCAGCUUGGUGUCAUCUGCAGAUUUUAUAAGCGUAUCCUCCAUGUCAUUAUCCAGUCAUUAAUGAACAUUUUAAUGAUACUGGACCCAGGACUGACAACUGCAGAAUCCCACUUAGAUACACCCUCCCACAUUGACGGAACCAUUGAUGAUAACUAUUGGACUCACCUGUCUCUCCUCAUUCAUUGUGCAGGGAGCCUGGGUGCCUAACUCAGGCUUUAUGGUGGUCUUGUGAUUUUCUAGGAGCCUAGAUGUUAGGCACUGUGGUGCACAGUGUUGCAAUGCCUAAGCGCCUUUGUGGAUUUGGGCCGUAUUUCUCUGCCUCAGUUCCCCAAUAAGCACACCCUGGAUUAGGCCAUUUUCUUAGAGGAGAAUGUGUAGAAGAGCCUUGUCCUGCUUGUGCCACUGUAAGAUCCUUAUUUUAAGUGGAACUGUUUGGAGUUUCUGCCUGUACAUGUCACAUCCAAUUUCUGGGUGCGAACUGGACGAUGGCUCUAAGACUCCUUGUGCAGCAGACUGCCAACCAGCGGACAAGUUUGCAGCUCAUACUAUUUCCACGAGCUGCAGUCCUGAAGAAUUCCACUGUAAAAGUGAAUACCUGCUCCUUGCAAAUGUCUUGUUUGCUGACUCCACCAACCGUGGUAUGGGGCAAAGCGGGGUUUGCUAGUGAGGCCUUAUGCUGUGCCUAUAAUAUUUUGUCUUCUGAGAGCACCCACAAGGUUUGAGGCUUUGUCCAUGCACAUGAACAAAUAAAGCUCACAGUUUGUAGGGCCUGUAAUACAUCUCUCCUGUCAUAAGAGAAAUAACUUUGAAUUAUGAAGAAAUGUAAGAAUGAAGUAGGUGAGUGAGUGGUUGAAAUGAUAAUUAAAAAUAGAGUUUAAAUCA